AUGUGUUGCAAUGACAACAUCAACAACAUGCAGCUGCCAACAGCAGCACUUCCUCACCGUUCAGUGCAGAUGAUAGCAUCGUUGCAAACCAGAGAACAAUCGAUACGAUACUUUCAUAUUUCGAAAAUGGUGAGCGUAGUGCAGGAUAAUACUCAGGAGUCGAAAUUUAUGAAUCAUGCACGAAAAGUGGAUGGACAUUUGGCUACCAUCUCGCUCGAUAAAACAGUAGAAAAAAUCCCUCCGUGUGAGUACGCGCCCCUUGACCUUUCUGAACUUUUUCUUUGCCUUCAGUAA